AUGGAAUCAUCAAAGGCAUCUCAUUCUGAUAAGAAAUACCAGGAUAGUGAGCCUACCAUUGUUGUUGCUAAUCCUUUCAAUUCCGAUGAUGGGUACAGAUGGCGUAAAUAUGGGCAGAAGGUGGUUAAGGGCAAUGAAUAUCCACGAAGCUACUACAAAUGUACAUGUGUGGGUUGUAAUGUCAGAAAAUGGGUUGAGCAAUCUCCUGCCAGAGAAAUGCCUAAAAUUAAGUACGAAGGCAAAUAUAAUCAUGAAAUGCCUAACAAGCUUGCAAAAGAAAUUAGUGAUUCGCAAUAUCUGGCCGGAAAUAUGAACAUUCUAAGUCAAUUGGAAACAAAAAGUGACUGUGAGGAGGAAGGUGUUGCAGAAACAAGAGAAGAGGUUUCUCAUUCUGAUAGGACAUACCAGCCUACUAUUGUGUUGAUAAGCCUGCCAAUGAUGGCUACAAAUGGCGUAUAUAUGGGAAGAAGAAAGUUAAAGGCAGUGAAUAUCCACGAAGCUACUACAAAUGUACAUAUCCGAAUUGCCUUGCCAAUAAAAAGGUUGAGCGUUCUCAUGCAGGACAUAUAA